AUGGCCCAUAAGACGGAUUACAAUGAGAUGCUUCGGAAGAUAUCGAACAACCUCGAGAACGCGCUCAGUACAUUCGGCCCGUCCUCGACACAGUAUCAGGCCAUCCUCAGUAUCCUGAAAGAAUGCCUACAAGAGAUUGAGAGCGGGAAAAAUCAAGAUGACCAAGCUCAGAUGGUUGAUCCAGAUGCAUUGAGCGUUGCUAUGGGGUUUUUGGAGAUUGGUGGGAGUUAA